GUACGCUUCGAUUCUGUUUUCAUCAGACUGAGCGGUUAUGAGAUAAGGGUUCAGUUAAGAAAGGCAGAUGCAUCCCUCGUAUAGUGUGACAAAAUAGGGCGUUCCCUAGGCAAAAUAACGAAGGUGAAAUGCCUUUUAACAUGCUUAUUUUAUUCCCCACUCAGUCUCAUUCCCGGAUUGUAGGGAUCUCCAGUCCAAGAGAAUCGGGAAGAGCAACGUUAAAUAAAAGGGUGACUGGGUUUUAAAACAACAGGAAAUCCUGAGACUGUCGAAUGGAGAGUUUGGGAACGCUCUAAAAACAUUCACACUCGAAACUUUUCUUUAAACGCUGUUCCCUAACUCCACAACCCACCCCCAAAACUCUCUCCUGGGGAGGUAUUGUGUGAUCUUGGGUCUGGGAACAUGGCCAGAAAGGCGCUCAAGCUUGCUUCAUGGACUGGCGUGGCUCUGGCUGCCUCGGGCUUCUACCUUUACAGUAACAAGUACUUGGAUCCUAACGACUUCGGUGCUGUCAGGGUGGGCCGAGCAGUUGCCACGACAGCUGUCAUUAGUUACGACUAUCUCACCUCCCUGAGGAGUGUCCCCUAUGGUUCUGAGGAGUACUUGCAGCUUCGAUCCAAGGUGCACCUCCGUUCUGCCAGGCGUCUCUGCGAGCUCUGCUGUGCCAACCGGGGCACUUUCAUCAAGGUGGGCCAGCACCUGGGAGCCUUGGACUACCUGCUGCCGGAGGAGUACACCAGCACCCUGAAGGUGCUCCACAGCCAGGCCCCGCAGAGCAGCAUGCAUGAGGUCCGCCAGGUCAUCCGCGAGGACCUGGGCAAGGAGAUCCAUGAUUUGUUUGUGAGCUUUGACGACACCCCCCUGGGGGCCGCCUCCCUGGCCCAGGUCCACAAGGCGGUGCUGCGUGAUGGGCGGACCGUGGCCGUGAAGGUCCAGCAUCCAAAGGUGCAGUCUCAGAGCUCGAAGGACAUUCUCCUGAUGGAGGUGCUUGUCCUGGCUGUGAAGCAGCUGUUUCCAGAGUUUGAGUUCAUGUGGCUGGUGGAUGAAGCCAAGAAGAACCUGCCUUUGGAGCUGGAUUUCCGCAAUGAAGGGAGGAAUGCCGAGAAAGUGGCCCAAAUGCUCAAAGACUUUGACUUCUUAAAGGUCCCCCGCAUCUACUGGGAGCUGUCCACCAAGCGGGUCCUUCUGAUGGAGUUCGUGGAUGGCGGCCAGGUCAACGACAGAGACUACAUGGAGAGGAACAAGAUUGAUGUCAAUGAGAUCUCACGCCACCUGGGCAAGAUGUAUAGCGAGAUGAUCUUUGUCAAUGGCUUCGUGCACUGUGACCCCCACCCCGGCAAUGUGCUGGUACGGAAAUGCCCAGGCACAGGGAAGGCGGAGGUGGUCCUGCUGGACCAUGGACUCUACCAGGUGCUCACCGACGAGUUCCGCCUAGAUUACUGCCGCCUCUGGCAGUCGCUGAUCUGGACAGACAUGGAGAAGGUGAAGAAGUACAGCCAGCGCCUGGGGGCUGGGGAUCUCUACCCCUUGUUUGCCUGCAUGCUGACUGCCCGGUCUUGGGACUCGGUCAACAGGGGCAUUGGCCAAGCCCCGGUCACUGCCACAGAGGACGCGGAGAUCCGUAACAAUGCGGCCAACUACCUCCCCCAGAUCAGCCAGCUCCUCAACCAUGUGCCCCGCCAGAUGCUGCUCCUCUUCAAGACCAAUGACCUGCUCCGAGGCAUCGAGGCCGCCCUGGGCACCCGGGCCAGCGCCAGCUCCUUCCUCAACAUGUCACGCUGCUGCAUCAGGGCAUUGGCCGUGCACAAGAAGAAGAACAGCCGCUCACUCUUCAGAAGGACACAGAUCUCUUUCAGAGAAGCCUUCAACUUAUGGCAGAUCAACCUUCAUGAACUCAUUCUGCGUGUGAAGGCACUGAGGUUGGCCAGCUGGGUCUUGGCCCUACUUUGCCGGCUGUUGCCCACUUCAUACUGAGCGCAUCUGCUGUCCCCUUUCCCUUUCCAAGGUGACUCUGGUGGGCAAGUGGAAUUUUCACUCUUCACUCUUCUGUCAUGUCUCCACCCAGGUGCCCUGUGUCUGUCACAUGGUAGCCUGGAGCCCCACAGUCAUUUUCUGUGGCACCGUUAUACUCCACCCUCAGAAUCCCUCUCCUCAGCUGUGGCCCUUGUCUCAUAGGCUACACAAGCUGUCCUAUGCAAGAAAUUUCUCUCCUUAUCCAGGGAGAUGGCAUAAACAGUGUUUCCCACUCCUGGUGGGCGCCAUUGGGCCGGAUGUCCCCUUACUUCCGGUAACCAUUCUUCCUGUCAGGAUGGACCAUGAAUCCCACUGACUUCCUACAUGAAUUUCUAUAUUUAACUGAUGGGAGGUUUGAUUUUGUUGGAAGAGAGCAGAGUUUCUGAGCUUGCUUGGAAUGGAUUCCCUCUCCUUGCCUUGCCACUCCCAGAGGUGUCAUACCCGAGCAAGGUGGCUUGGCAUCCGAGACAUGAGUUCACUGCUGUCAUGGUGACCAUGCUGAUGUUUUAUGUACUGUGUUUCAAUAAAAAUCCCUUCAGGGUUACAGGGAA